AUGCCAGGAAAUAAAACUUUCCAUAUUACUCAUGUAAUAUUUGAUUUGGAUGGAUUACUCAUUGAUACAGAGCCAAGUUAUACUGAAAGUCAUACAUUUGCUAUGGAGCAUUUUGGAAAGAAAUUUACGCUAGAUUUGAAAUCAUUUACAAUGGGUAUGAAACAUGAAACUGCCAUUAAAAUGCUCCUCGAUAAGGUUGGCUUAGCAGACAAAGUGAGCGUUAAGGAGUACGAUAACCUUUACCAUCCAAUACUUCUCAAGAAAUUGCCACGCUGUCCAAAGAUGCCUGGAGCAUUACGACUGGUGCGACAUUUUUAUGAUCACAAAAUACCAAUGGCGAUAUGUUCUGGAUCUAGCAAUUAUUCAUUCAAAUUUAAAACAAUGAAUCAUAAAGAUCUUAUCGACUUGAUACCUGUGCAGGUGAAAUGUAGUAGCGAUCCAGAAAUAAAAGAAGGUAAACCAUCACCGGAAGCAUACCUUGUAACAAUGAAAAGAUUCCGCAAUCCACCAGUGAAUCCCAGUAAUGUUUUGGUUUUCGAAGAUGCUCCGAAUGGUGUUUUAGCUGCUAUUCGUGCUGGUAUGAAUGUUGUUAUGGUACCUGAUUUAAGAUACACAAAGGCACCUGAUGAAGGAAAGGAACAAAUCGUUGGAGUGCUGGAAAGUUUGGAAGAUUUUAGGCCAGAAUCAGUAGGCUUACCAGCCUUCGGCCAACUAUAA